ACAAAACACGUGACAUGCACAGAAGCACCAGGAUGAGAUCUGGCUGGAUUAAAGGCUCAUUUCUGGCUUUUGCCAUGGCCUUGGCGCUGUUAUACCUCGGCUCCAUUAAGAAGGAGGUUCAUAUCCAUUCGGAGAGACUCCAGAGGGCCCAUCACAACGACUCCAUCAGGGGUCAGGGAAUGAUCAAGAGGAUGAACAAGAUGGAAGCAGACAUCGGCAGACUACUCAACCUGAUGAGUAAACUUGAAAAGAAGGAUGCGGUGAAAGAGGACAAUGCAGAGGUGAAGAAGGAGAGGAAGGUGGUGAGGAAGCUGUUCCCCAACUCGUAUCUGUUCACCAAGUGGGGUGACGAGCUGUCAGAAGAGGAGCAGAAGGAGGCUGAGAGAUUGUUCCAGAGAUACGGCUACAACGCCUUCCUCAGUGACAGGCUGCCCCUCAACAGAGAGAUUCCAGACACCAGGCCCCGCAGGUGUGCUGAGAAAAAGUACCCUGAGGACCUGCCCUCCAUCAGCGUCGUCUUAAUCUACCUGGAUGAAGCUCUGUCUGUGAUCAAGAGGGCCAUCCGCAGCAUCAUAGACAAGACACCAGCUCGGAUACUGAAAGAAAUCAUACUGGUGGAUGACCACAGCAGUAAUGAGGAUUUAACGGACAAACUAGAUGAAUACAUCAACUCCAUCCAUGAGGAGCGUUCAGGCCUGGUGAAGAAAGUCAGGCACUCUGAGCGACUCGGCCUCACCCAGGCCAGACUGUCGGGAUGGAGGGCUGCUGUGGGGGACGUGGUGGCCAUCUUGGACGCUCACAUAGAAGUCCACGCACAAUGGGCAGAGCCGCUGUUAGCUCGGAUUAAGGAGGAUCGCACCGUGAUAUUGACACCAGUAUUUGACAAAGUCGGUUUUGAUGACUUGACAUUGACACCCUACAUACCUGCUGCAGAUGCCUUCGACUGGGCUCUGUGGUGCAUGUACGAGUCCUUCAGACCUGAGUGGUACGCGUUAAAGGACGACUCCAAACCUGGAAAGAGCCCGUCCAUCAUGGGGAUUCUUGUCGCUGAUCGCAAGUUCUUUGGAGAAAUCGGAAGCCUUGAUGGCGGAAUGAAAAUUUACGGUGGUGAAAAUGUGGAGCUCGGCAUCCGGGUGUGGCUGUGUGGAGGAAGCAUAGAAGUUAUACCUUGCUCGAAAAUUGCCCACAUUGAACGGGCCAGAAAGCCUUACCUCCCAGAUUUGAGUGAAAUGGUGAAGCGUAAUGCACUGAGGGUGGCGGAGGUGUGGCUGGAUGAAUAUAAAUACAAUGUCAACAUUGCUUGGAACGUUCCCAUAGAGAAUCAUGGGAUAGACAUUGGGGAUGUGUCAGAGAGGAAGAAGCUGAGAGAGAGGCUGAACUGUAAACCCUUUAAGUGGUAUCUGGAUAAUGUUUACCCCAUGUUGGACCCUCUGCAAGACCUGCAAGGUUAUGGAGCGCUGAUUAAUGAUCUGAAGCCAGACCUCUGCAUUGACCAAGGCCCACAGCCUGGAAACACACCAAUUAUAUAUGGAUGCCACACCUUCUCACCUCAGCACUGUUUUUAUCGCACUGACGGACAACUCUACAUCGGCGGAAUCAAAUCUCACAAGUACAACAGCAACCACUGCCUGGUGGAUUCCGGCACUAUCUACCCUGGACUGUACGAGUGCAAAGCGGCCCAGCAGAAGAAGUUCCACAUGCUGUGGGAUUUUAAACAGGUACAUAUUACACUUCUGAAAUAUAAAUCUGAUCUGUUUGGAGGAAAAGAAAUGUGUCUCAUUGUGUGUGUUGUGUUUUCUUUCCAGGACGGACCAAUCCAGAACAGAGAAACAAAGAGGUGCUUGGAAAUUGCGCAGGGUGAAGACAGCUAUUACAAACUGGUUGUUGGGCAGUGUAGUGGUCAGCGCUGGAAGAUACAACAUCUCAUCAAAGACCACUAACAGAUUGGUGGGCAGGUCCC